AACGCAACAUGCACAUCUCUAGUUCUGGGAAAAUAGUUUUUAAGUGAUAAACAAUCCUCGUUUAUAUUUGCAGACAGCGCGAUAAGCACUGAAAAUAUAUCACCACGCCCGCCUGUAGUCAAUGCAGCAUUCGAGGAGGCAUGACAAAUCUCUACGUUAAGCCGACAACUCCGCGGAUAGCGUGGCAUUAGGUUACACGGUCCCCGUCCCACUAUCAAUCAGAUACGCCACUACAUAGUGUGUAUAUAAAAUCGCCCACACUCACAAGCCCAUGGGGAGCAGAAUGGCUGAUAGUUCUGGGAGCGUUAUCACCAUCAAUAAUGGCCCGUCGGCGGGAAGUUCGCCGCCCUCGCAGCGGAAGUCCUCCUCAUCGGAAACGCCACCGGAACUGCGAAUCCUGUGUUUCGACCUCACGUUCUACAAUCGUACCACCCAGUUCCUGCUUAGCUGUGCCGGCGUCUUUAUCCUGUACAUCCUCUACGGCUAUCUGCAGGAGCUCAUAUUCACCGUAGAAGGAUUCAAGCCCUACGGAUGGUUCCUAACCCUCGUCCAGUUUGGCUACUACAUUGGCUUUGGCCUGGUGGAACGGCGGCUGGAGGGCUAUCGGAUAAGCGGUGGUUCCUUCUGGAACAUUGAGCCAGAGCCACGUUGCAUUCCCAUGAAAACCUACCUGGUGUUGGCCGCCCUCACCUUGGGCACCAUGGGUCUGUCCAACUCCAGUCUCGGCUACCUGAACUAUCCCACCCAGGUGAUCUUUAAGUGCUGCAAACUCAUUCCCGUCCUGGUGGGCAGCAUCCUUAUCCAGGGCAAGCGCUACGGACUGCUUGACUUUGCGGCCGCCACCUGCAUGUGCAUCGGAUUGGCCUGGUUCACGCUGGCCGACUCUCAGAUGACGCCCAAUUUCAAUCUGCUGGGCGUGGCCAUGAUUUCCGGAGCACUGCUCUGCGAUGCGGCCAUUGGAAAUGUGCAGGAGAAGGCCAUGCGGGAGCACAAGGCGCCCAGCAGCGAGGUUGUCUUCUACUCCUACGGCUUGGGUUUCGUGUACCUAUUUGUGAUCAUGCUGGUUACCGGCAACUUCUUCAGCGGCUUCGCCUUCUGCUUGGAGCACCCCUUGGAGACGUUUGGGUAUGGCUUCCUGUUUAGUUUGUCGGGAUACCUGGGCAUCCAAUUCGUGCUGGCUCUGGUGAGAAGUAGUGGUGCUCCCAUAGCCGCUACCGUGACCACCGCACGCAAGGCGGUGACAAUAGCCUUUUCCUUUGUGCUCUUCAGCAAGCCCUUUACGAUGCAAUAUCUGUGGUCCGGACUUAUCGUUGUCCUGGGCAUAUACCUCAAUGUCUACAGCAAGAAGAACAAGCUCACGGUAGCCGACAUCCGGCAGAGAUUAAAGCAGAUCGGCGCCAAGGUUGCACGUUCGCCGAGUCGCAAAUUCCUCAUCGAAGUUUAGUUUAAUACCAAAAAUAUGGGUCUACAUUUUAGUCGACUUGUGAGAACAGUUUUCUGCAAGAAAACCGUGUACUAUAAUUACUUAAUUAUACGCUAAACGAAAA